AUGGCGGUUUCUGCAAAUUGGUACUUCAUGCCUCCAAGUAGAAGAAUCCGGUCGAAUUCUGGUGUCCUGGUUCGUGCUGUGGGCUCGGCGGAGCCGUUGAAGCCGGGCGAGACAGUGGGACACCGGGGGGAAUGGGCGAUCAAUAGCUGGAAGAAGAAGACGGUGCUGCAGAUCCCACAGUACCCAAACAGGGCGGAGAUGGAGGAGGUGAUCAAGCGGAUCGAGGGGUUUCCGCCGCUGGUCUUUGCGGGUGAGGCGAGGAAGCUCGAGGAGCGGCUGGCGGAGGCGGCGGUCGGCCGGGCGUUCCUACUGCAGGGAGGGGACUGUGCGGAGAGCUUCAAGGAGUUCGGCAGCGAUAACAUCAGGGACACCUUCAGGGUCAUCCUUCAGAUGAGUGUCGUCCUCAUGUUCGGUGGCCAAAUGCCAGUCAUCAAGGUGGGGAGAAUUGCUGGUCAAUUUGCGAAGCCAAGAUCGACCACGAAGGAGACGAGGGAUGGGGUGGAGCUACCCAUCUACCAGGGAGACAACAUUAAUGGCGACGCCUUUGAUCUCAAGUCUAGGACGCCCGACCCCCAGAGGAUGAUCCAAGCCUACAGCCAGUCCGUAAGCACCAUGAACCUUCUCAGAGCAUUCGCUACCGGAGGAUACGCUGCCAUGCAGAGAGUCACACAGUGGAACCUCGGCUUUGCUGAGCAUAGCGUGCAAGGGGAAAGAUAUAAGGAGCUAGCGCAGAGGGUUGAUGAGGCAGUGGGAUUCAUGGAAGCUGCUGGUCUGACUGUGGGUCACCCCAUAAUGGCAAGUACCGAUUUCUGGACCUCACACGAGUGCCUUCUUCUGCCCUACGAGCAGGCGCUCACAAGGCAGGACUCCACCUCUGGGCUCUUCUAUGGCUGCUCCGCUCAUUUCCUCUGGAUUGGGGAGAGGACGAGACAGUUGGAUGGUGCUCAUGUUGAGUUCCUUCGUGGUGUCGCCAAUCCUCUUGGCAUAAAGGUGAGUGAUAAGAUGGACCCAAGGGAGCUUGUGAAGCUCUGUGAGAUUCUGAACCCACACAACAAGCCAGGAAGGCUGACCAUAAUCACCAGAAUGGGUGCCGAAAACAUGCGAGUCAUGCUUCCCCGUCUUAUAAGAGCUGUGCGCCAGGCAGGUCUCAUAGUCACCUGGGUCAGUGAUCCUGUUCACGGAAACACAAUGAAGGCACCAUCCGGUCUAAAAACAAGAUCUUUUGAUGCAAUCAUGGCGGAAAUCCGUGCCUUCUUUGAUGUGCAUGAGCAAGAGGGGAGCCACCCUGGGGGUGUGCAUUUGGAGAUGACAGGGCAAAAUGUCACAGAGUGUGUUGGGGGAUCAAAGGCCAUAACCUAUGAUGACUUGAGCUCUAGAUACCACACCAACUGUGAUCCCAGACUCAAUGCAUCUCAGUCUCUGGAGCUAGCAUUCUUAAUUGCUGAGAAGUUGAGGAAGAGAAGGAUCGUGUUUGGCCUUGGUUCUCUUUUGAACUGA